AACCACUCUUGCCCGUCUCUCUCUCUCUCUCUCUUCAAGUUGCGUGCAUUGAAAACCCAAAUUAACAGAAACAAAUCACUUUAUAGAGAGAGAGAGAGAGAGCAGAAGUGAACACGCCUUAUCCUUUCUCUCUCCUCUCUUUCUCUCUCUACAAGCAGAAUUCAACAAAAUUGAAGUUCAAUGGAAUCAGCAGUAUCUUUCAGAAUGUUUUCCCUCUCCCCCUUUCAUCUUCGCGCUCGCAGCAGCCGCUUCAACCUCUUCUCCAUUCCUCGCCAAUUCCCCCGCAAUUUCAGCCAUCUCCCCAAUUUUCCCACCAAAUUAAAUCGUCACCGAAUCCUCCGAAUAUCCGCCUCCAUAACCGCCAAGCCUUCGUCGGAGCUCCGGCGGAAGCACAGUAAAAUCUCCGAGCCCAACGACAACAAGCUCUUGGCCCUUCGCGAGCUUUUCUACAGGCCCAACAUCAACAUCGAUGCCUACAUCAUUCCCUCCCAGGACGCUCAUCAGAGCGAGUUUAUUGCCGAGUGUUAUACAAGGAGAGCAUACAUAUCAGGUUUUACUGGCAGCGCAGGCACUGCUGUUGUCACAAAAGAUAAAGCAGCUCUCUGGACAGAUGGUCGAUACUUCCUCCAGGCUGAGCAGCAGUUGACUUCUGGCUGGAGUCUCAUGAGGGCCGGAAAUCUUGGAGUACCAACUAGAAGUGAGUGGCUAAAUGGUGUCAUGGCACCUGGUAGCAGAAUUGGUAUAGAUCCUUUCCUGUUUUCUUCCGAUGCUGCAGAAGAACUGAAAGAAGCCAUAUCUCAAAAAAAUCACGAGUUGGUGUACUUGUAUGACAUCAAUCUUGUGGAUGAGAUAUGGAAGGAGUCCAGACCAAAGCCUCCAAACAAACAUGUUAGAGUGCAUGACAUGAAAUAUGCUGGCGUAGAUGUCUCUUCCAAGCUGUCCUCGUUGAGGUCUGAACUAACUAAUGCUGGUUCAUCUGCGAUUGUUAUCUCUAUGCUGGAUGAGAUUGCAUGGCUGUUGAACUUGAGAGGUAGUGACAUACCACAUUCACCGGUCAUGUACGCAUAUUUAAUCGUAGAGAUUGAUGGAGCAAAAUUAUUUAUAGAUGAAGCCAAAAUCAACUCUGAUGUGAUGCAUUACUUGAAGAAUGCUGGAAUAGAGUUGAGACCAUAUGAAUCCAUUCUUUCCGAAAUUGAAAGUUUGGCUGAAAAAGGGGCGUGUCUUUGGUUGGAUACAUCAUCUGUUAGUGCUGCUAUUGUGAACACUUAUAAAUGUGCAUGUGACAAGUAUUUUGGCACCGCUGGAACUGUUAACAAAAAGAACACAGAAGCGCUAAAUGGUACAGACGGUACAUCUUGUGGACCCAGUUAUGUGUAUAGGAGCUCACCUAUUUCUCUGGCUAAAGCUGUGAAAAAUGAAGCUGAAUUAGAAGGAAUGCGUAAUUCUCAUCUAAGGGAUGCAGCCGCUCUAGCACAAUUCUGGACAUGGCUGGAGGAGGAAAUCAGCAACGGUGUCAUUUUGACAGAAGUAGAUGUUGCGGACAAACUUCUUGAAUUCCGUUCCAAGCAAAAUGGCUUUGUUGAUACAAGUUUUGAUACAAUAAGUGCUUCUGGUGCAAAUGGUGCUAUCAUACAUUACAAGCCAGAGCCUAACAGUUGUAGCAUUGUAGAUGCUGAGAAACUUUUUCUACUGGACAGUGGAGCUCAGUUUAUUGAUGGAACAACUGACAUCACCCGAACAGUUCAUUUUGGCGAACCUUCUUCUUGGCAAAAAGAAUGUUUUACCAGAGUUCUUCAGGGUCAUAUUGCGCUUGAUCAGGCUAUUUUUCCCGAAAAUUACCCUGGUUUUGUAUUGGAUGCCUUUGCAAGAUCGUCACUGUGGAAGAUUGGACUUGAUUACCGUCAUGGUACUGGUCAUGGUGUAGGAGCUGCGUUGAAUGUUCACGAAGGCCCUCAAAGUAUCAGCUUCCGAUUUGGAAACAUGACUCCGCUAUUGAAAGGCAUGGUUGUGAGCAACGAACCUGGAUACUAUGAAGACCAUGCAUUUGGCAUUAGGAUUGAAAAUCUCCUUUACGUGAAAGAAGUUAGCACACCAAAUCGCUUCGGAGGACUGGAUUAUUUGGGAUUUGAGAAGCUCACAUAUGUUCCUAUUCAGACAAAAUUGAUCGACUUAUCAAUAGUUUCUGCCACGGAGAUAGAUUGGCUCAAUGAUUACCACAAACAAGUAUGGGAGAAGGUUUCUCCAUUAUUGGACGGUCCGGCACAACAGUGGCUCUGGAAUAAUACGAGGCCACUCAUAAAACACUAGUGCAACCAAUUCACCGGAUGUGUACAAGAAAUAAUUACGGUUUGCUGAUGGAAAGAAGAUCGACCAAUGGGAAGAGCUUUUUCCAUAUAGCCGAAACUGUAUGGUAAGGUUUGUGUGAAUAGAUGGAUCACGAGACUGGAAACUCUCUAGUAGGAAUCGAUAACUAGCUACGUAUAUAACUGUGUUAUCUAAAGUUUCAUUUAGUUGAUCACCAUGUAUAUUUAUUGUACCCUAAAAAAAUAAAUAAAUCAUAUUUAUUGUCUAUUGAUGAAAAUCUUGCAUGCCAUAAAAUUGUGUUAUGUAAUUCGGCUUCUCAUUGUUAC